AUACAGGAUACAAAAACCCUCAUGAGCCGAACCAGUCAACCAGAGGCCACCAACUGUCUGAGGAGGAAGGUCAGCAAACACCAGGACAAGACUGCAAAAAAAAGAAAAGUCCAAGAAAUUAAGACCAUUUUGAUGAAUUUCACUUCAGACUGAGGUUGCAGGGUCUUGUAAAUCCUUGGUCGUAACACCAGCUUUGGACUCACGCCGAUCACAGACAGCUGCAUCCUAAUAUUCACAGAUAUGACUGCAUGCAUCUUCUUACGGGGAGCAAAAAUUGACAGAGAAUUGGCAGAUGAUGAAAUUGAAGAGCUGAGAGAGGCAUUUAAUGAAUUUGAUAAAGAUAAAGAUGGUCUAAUUAGCUGUAAGGACCUGGGAAACCUGAUGAGGACGAUGGGUUAUAUGCCAACCGAGAUGGAACUGAUCGAGCUGGGCCAGAACAUCAACAUGAAUUUGGGAGGGAGGGUCGACUUUGAAGACUUUGUGGAGUUAAUGGCCCCAAAGCUUUUGGCUGAAACAGCAGGCAUGAUUGGUGUGAAGGAACUGCGAGAUGCUUUCAAAGAGUUUGAUAUGGACGGCGAUGGCUCGAUCACUACCGAGGAGCUGAGGUCCGCUAUGAGUAAACUACUGGGAGAACACAUGAACCACAGAGAGAUUGACGCUGUCGUCCAAGAGGCGGACAAUAACGGUGAUGGUACGGUAGAUUUCGAAGAAUUUGUGAAGAUGUUGUCAAGCUGCUGAGAAAAUCCUCUUGCUGGAUGCUGCAGAUACAGAAAACAUAUACGACUGCACUCACAACAGCAUUAUGCAUAUCCAUAAAUAUAAUAGCAAUGUACAGAAAGAUUUCUUCCCCCCGCAAG